AUGUCUUCUCCAAAGUUCCAUCAGAAACGUGUUGGCUACCUCGGAGCCGUGCAGAGCUUCCGGGUCGACACAGAGGUCCUGAUGCUCGCAACAAAUCUGUUGAAGAAGGUUAGGGCGUAUACCGGACAUAUCACUGCUUCUACGGCUCUUCCGGAUAUUGUGUCCGCUCAGGUCCCGACGAUGUCCCUACCUCUUAUAACUCUUCCACAUAUUAUUUCGCCCUCCCUUGCGCUAUCGCUGCUAUCAGAUCUUAUACCACGCUUGACCCAUUCUCAUGCCGUUAUUAGGAAAAAGACAGUUGUGAACCUUUACCGGCUGUCGUUGGUAUAUCCGGAGGCAUUCCGGAUAGCGUGGCCAAAAAUGAAAGAAAGAUUAAUGGAUACGGAGGAAGACGGCAGUGUCACGGCCGCUGUUAUCAAUGUCGUUUGCGAACUGGGUUGGAGAAGACCACAGGAUUUUCUGCCACUGGCACCACGGCUCUUCGAGCUACUGGUUGAUGGAGGGAACAACUGGAUGGCUAUCAAGAUUAUCAAACUUGCUCAGGAGCUAAUGGGACUAUCGCAGUUUGCAUCGUUAACUCCAUUGGAGCCACGACUGGUUAAGAAGCUUAUAAGGCCUCUAACCAACAUUAUGCAAACUACUUCGGCCAUGUCUCUAUUAUAUGAAUGCAUUAAUGGGAUUAUCCAGGGUGGUAUUCUCGACGGGGUCGAAGGGAUCCGUGAAGGAGAAGCCAUUGCGCAGUUAUGCGUUGACAAGCUUCGGGGCAUGCUUGUUCUAGAGGAAGACCCUAACCUGAAAUACGUUGCUCUCCUUGCCUUCAACAGAAUUGUCACGACUCACCCGAUGCUGGUUUCAGCGCAUCAAGAUGUAAUAAUGGGGUGUCUCGACGACAACGACAUAUCCAUCAGACUACAGGCCCUUGAAUUAGUUUCAGGGAUGGUAGCUAGUGACUCGUUACAGCCUGUAGUAAACCAUCUGAUUACCCAGCUGCAAACCUCUUCUACAAUCGCGGAGGGCCCUACUGCCACUACAUCACUCCUUGCACAUAUUACCCCUUCCGCAGAUCUGGAGGGUGAUGACCCUGAAGAACACUUAGAACUAGCCAGGCAGGACAGAAUGUCUGCACCUCCUCUUCCAAACGAGUAUCGUUUGGAAGUUCUCCACCGGAUUCUGGAUAUCUGCUCGCGAGAUACAUAUUCUAACCUUACCGACUUUGAGUGGUAUGUGGACGUUCUCGUGCAGUUAGUCCGAUUAAUUCCGCCAGCUAGUGCCUCCAAAACCAACGACGAGCACUCCACUAAGAACGCCCACGAUCAGAGAACUGAUAUAUCGAAUCGAAUUGGCACGGAGCUGCGCAACGUUGCUGUAAGGGUCAAGAGUGUACGGGCCGAGGCAGCUCGUGCGGCGGAAACAUUGGUGCUUAUAGAUAAUCGAGCAGCGCUAUUCCCUUCAUCUGGCACCUCGAGCACAAAUCUAUUAGAACCUAUUGCUUGGAUAGUUGGUGAAUAUGCCGAGUAUCUACGUUUCCCGGACCAAUCACUCUCUUCUCUAAUACACCCUUCCAACCUAAGUCUUUCCCCCAAAGUUCUUUCGGGAUAUAUACAAGCGAUUCCCAAAGUUUUUGUUCAACUCACGUCUGGGUUCUAUGACUGGGACAUAAACAAGCAGAGUCAUGUGUCCCUGUUACUAGCCCGGAUUACAGAUUUCUUGGAGAAACUCUCCUCUCAUCCAGAGUUGGACGUGCAAGAACGAGCUAUUGAGUUUCUAGAGCUAUUACGCCUGACAAAGGAAGCGGUAUCAACAUCAGAUGUUGACUCGGGAAGUGUGCCGUUGCUCGUAUCCUCAGCUAUUCCAAGCUUGUUUACCGGCUUGGAUCUCAACCCUGUAGCUGCUGGAGCACAGAAGAAAGUCCCGAUUCCAAGUGACCUUGACCUAGACCAACCGAUUAAUCCUCGGUAUAUCCACAUCCAGCGUGAGUCAAGCAAUGGCUGGUUUGAUUCCUUCAACCACGAUGAAUGCUAUCAAUUUUACCACAUACCGGACUCAACGUCGUUCGUUACCAAGCCUCAAAGGGAGACUCUAUCGCCUACCACACUCCAACCAGCAUCAUAUCAGAAUACUUCCGAAGGACUACUACCCGAACCUACAGAGGUUGUCACUAGAAGGCGGAUGGCAAGGAGAGAGCGCAACAAAGAUGAUCCAUUUUACAUCAGUCUAGGACACGGAGAAGGAGAGUCCUCAGAUGCAGCCACACCCUUUAACCAAGCUCUUCGUGGUGCAAACGAAGAAGAUCUGGAUCUAGAUUCGAUUCCAAUUAUUGACCUUGCCAUAGAUCAACACAAGUCUGAGAAGGCAGAUACCCAAAAGGCCCGCAAACCAAAACGCAAAGCGAAACCUAAGAAAGUUGAGAUUAUAGGGGACGAAACCCUUGAGUUUGAUAAUCCAAUUUCUCCGCCACCUACUCUUAAACCUAACACCGCAUCAGCUGCAGCUGCCAAAACAAAGAAAUCUCUAUUGGAAGUCGACUCAAGUGGACUAGGGCAAUUGUCUCUUGAGGAAGAUAGCGGUCUAACCCCUGGUGUUGGUGAUAUAGCGAGAAAGGAGGCAGAGGAUGCAGAAAUGGUACAGGCGAUGGCCGAGAUACAGAGAUUACGUUUAGAAAUGCAACGGGAAGCGGAGCGAGUUCAUGCAAGCCAAGACGUCCCUGCCGAGGGUAAGAUGAUAAAGAGGAAGAAGAAGAAGAAAGUUGUAUCAUCUAAGAAGACCAAAGCUAGCUCCCAGGAAGCAGAGGGCGAGGCGUCACAGCAACAGGAUACGGUGGGCGACCAAGGGGAAACACCUGUGGUGAAGAAGAAGAAGAAGAAGAAGAAAGUAGUAGCGUCUCAAAAGGCGAAACAGAUACUUUCCAGCAAGAAAAACCCGGUUGUAUUCAAGACCGAGCAUUAUCAGCCCCCUUUUUGA